AUUUUCUCUGUGGCCUGCAUUCAAUCAAUGCUCAAAGCCGCUGCACAAUUCACAGCAGAAGCUUUUGGACUCUCAAGACUCUGAGGUGUUAUUCCUUCUUCUUCUUCUUCUUCGAGGGUUUAUAGGAAGAAGAGAAAUUUCAAAUUUUCCUUUCGAUUAUUGCUUGGUUGAAGAUCGGACAGUAUUAUCGUCUCCUUCCCCUCCGCUUGCCCCGCCCUCAGUUUCUCUCGGUGUAGCGAAUCUAUAGAUCCCUAUAUUCCUGUGAAGCUUCUCUGGUUGCAGCGAUAAUGGAUUUUUAAUGUUUAGAUGGUCUGUGCAGCAUGCAAUGGAUGGUGAUAAUAUAAUAGCUGUUCCUGAGAUUGAGACAAUCUGUGAAAAUGGUGUUCUUGGGAAACUUCCAACCCCUGGUGAGGAAGGUCCAAUGUCCAAGAAAGUUAAUGGUACAAAAAUGGUAGGACCAGAUGGAAGUUCAGAAAUUGUGGCACAGUUCAAAGAGAGUGUGAACUUAUACUCAUCUACAGGGGAAGCUGGAGAUGGGACAACCGUCCAUGAGCAAAGCAAUGGUUUGGCAAUAUCUAAGGAUUUAAGGGAGAAAGACCAGGACCUGACUAACCACAAUAAAUCAAAGAUUCCAAAGAAGAGCAAAAUUGAGAAGCCUUCAAGCCCCAAACAUGUAGUGGCAAGUUUUGUGCAGAAGAACAAAGAUGGGAAGCAUUUAGAGGUGGCCUCCACUGUUCAGAAUGGUUCACCCACCUCAACUUCAAGCGCGAAGCAAUCUUUUGCCCUUCCAAGCAACAGGAGAUCAUUUAAUGAGAGGCAAGCUGCUGAAGGUAAUGCAAGUAUGGAUUCCAGAAAGCUAACAAAAUCAACAUCUGCUCGGACAUCCAUGGAAUCCAGAAUCUCUGUCUCGGCAUCCUCUGGCACAGAUGUCUCCCAUGCUGGAGGACUGAAAAUAUCUGGCUUGGCAUCCACUGGCACAGAUGUCUCCCAUGUUGAAGGCCUGAAGGAGCUUGGAAAACAUCUGAAGCCUCUGAAGCGAGGACCACCUUUUAAAGUUGAAGGAAACACAAAUUCUGCUUCUUCAAGCCCCACAGCAGGAAGCCUAACACCCCGAAGACUUGGCACUCUUCCUAAUUAUGGCUUUAGUUUUAAGUGUGACGAAAGAGCUGAGAAAAGAAAGGAGUUCUACUCAAAGCUUGAGGAAAAGAUUCAUGCGAAGGAGAUUGAGAGAAACACAUUGCAGGCCAAGUCCAAGGAGACUCAAGAAGCAGAGAUUAAGAUGCUAAGGAAGAGCUUAACGUUUAAAGCAACACCAAUGCCAAGUUUCUAUCAGGACCCUGCACCUCCAAAGGUGGAAUUGAAAAAGAUACCACCAACAAGAGCAAAAUCUCCCAAGCUUGGUCGUCAUAAGAACCUAUCCAUGGCAGAUACUGAAGGAAAUAGCAGCAGCAGUUGUCGAUCGGGCCGCCUGAGUCUUGAUGAGAGAGUCUCCCAAAAUGGCCUCAUGAAGGGACCAUCCCCUUCACGAACCAAGAAGCCGCUUAGAAAGUCUCUUCCCAAACUGCCUUCUGAAAAGUCCACCUUGGCCAAUGCAGCAAAUGAUGCCACAUCUCCUUCUCAGCAUGAUGAGCAAAACUUGGAAAAGGAGGCUGAUCUAACUGCUGGGCCAAGCCAAGCUGAUUCCAGUCCUGAUGGUGGAUCUGGGACCCAAGAGCAUGCAGAGCCCUUGUUAGAGCAGAAACCCAUGAGUGAACCUCAUGUGACAGAGCAUUUGGCAGAGCAACAGUGAGACUCGGUGUGUGUUUGUUGACAGCAGGGACAGCAUAUCCGCAGAAAAUAAGGAAGGUAUGAAUAAGACUGGAUGAUUGCUGAUGAAGGUGUGAAGGAUUUUGUAUUAUGGGUUGUCUGGUCUGUCUUGUUCAUAGUCAGCAUCAAGAUUAAUUGCUUCUUUGUGUGCUUGCUUUUGUGAUUACUUGCUUCAAUGGUCCUUAAGGACUUGCACUGCAAUUGCACCACCAUUGUAAUAUUAUUUUUGGGGUUUCUCCUACCCAGCUCUGAAUUUAAUUUCAUAUUUUGUCUGUUGUUG